UGAGGUGUCGUUAUGCCCUAGGCCUUUUUGCUUGGAAAGGUUGUCAUGACAGGUAGGUAAUGCGGAGCAGCGUGCUUUAGGCAGAGCUCGAGAAGGCGGCGCCAUCAAUUGUUGACCAGAGCAUCCCUCACUCCAACAUCCAUCUUUCUCUCGUCAAUAUUUGUCUUGGCUUUAUCUGGGACAGUCUGUCGAGUAAUUGUUCCGAGGUUCAUCUGAAAAUCAAGUUUUUGUCCUGAGUCAGCCGUGAUUCUUGAUAAUCCUGCGUCCGUACAUCCAGUAACUGUGCAUGUCCAGUACCACACAAUACACGCAUUUGAACUUGUGGGGAAGGGCCAGUUAACCAAGUGCAAAAUCGUGGUGAACAACAUCGGCUCGGAAAAAUCAUCAUGGAUCUCAAGGAAUAUCUCAAACGAAUCGGAUUCGAAGGAGAGGCUCAGGCUGAUCUACGCACUCUUAAGAACAUGCAAACGAGUCAUCUCCUCACAGUGCCUUACGAGAACUUGGACGCCUUGAUGAACAAGCCCAUCAUCCUGAAAAAUGAGUUGCUCUACGACAAGAUUGUGCGCCAAAGCCGAGGGGGUUGGUGCCACGAGUUGAAUGGGCUCUUCCAUUGGGCAUUGGAGCAAAUCGGCUUCGAAACCUGGUUUGGCAAUGCGAAAUGCCGCUCCCGGGACGGAAAACAAUGGUGCCGGGAUUUCGACCACAUGGUCUGUUUGGUCCGACUGGGCGACGAGAUCUUCUACGCCGACGUUGGUUUGGGUAGCUGCAAGAGACCUUUCCAUCCCAUUUUGAUUCGCGAUGGCGAAGUCUCGAAACAAGCCACGGGCACUUUCCGGUUGAGCUUUUGCAAACAAACGGCGGAAUGGAGCCUCUGUCACCGAGGAAAAGGAGCGAGCGGAGAAUGGGCCACCAUGCUCAAGUUCUGGACGCAGCCUUUCCUGUUGCGCGACUUUCAAGAUACUUGUACCACAUAUGAGAAAGGAUUAGACCAGAGAGAAUCCCUAUUAGGUGUCACGCCUGUGGUGGUCAAGAGUGAUCCCGCGGACUCCACGGCCACGCAUAUGAUCAUCGGCAAUAAAUACAGACUUUAUUGCAACGUGGGCCUCAAGAACAAGACCACCUGUCUCAAGGAAGAUCAUGUCACUCUCGAGCAGCUCCACUGGAAACUCAAGAACAUCUUUGGGAUCAAUUUGGAACUGGAACAGAUGGACAGUUUCUAUCGUCAUCUGCCCCAGGCUCACAUAGACCGUACUCUACAAAUUCCAAUGGUAACUCAAGUCCAGGACAAAUGUUUGCUUAUGAUUUCAGGCGCAAUGGGACGCUGAUGCUCAAGGGAACCGACUAUAACAAUCACGAUACUAAUGACCAGUGACAUCCACAAUGAGGAAUAAAAAUGACCUGUUACUUUCUCCCGCCUCCUUUCGUUCGUUUCCCUUUGGUGGAAUAGAUAAGAUAACCCUUUGGGGCACCACAUCUCAGCUCACAGACAAAGAUUUGUUGACGUUCCAUUAUUCUUGGCAAUUGAAUUCAGAAAUAAACUGGCUUGUCGUCAAAA